AUGCCAGUUGCUUCCCGACUACUUUGGACCCUACCGGCCACAAGGCCAAGGCGUCUGCCCGCUACUGCAUCAAGAUAUGCUGAGGCACUGCGACGGCACAAUCACGAGUGGUUGGUCAUUCUACCUGAUCAGGAAGGAGCUUUACAGCGUCGGGUUCAGCAUCGAUCUACACAUCUCGCAGAGCUGUCCAAAUAUCCCUCGGACUUCAUACUUGUCGGAGGCCCUUACCUAGGCGGGCCUGUACAAGACGACGCGCCAAUGGACAUGCUCGGUUCCGUGAUACUAGUCCGGGCAUCGACCCGGGAAGAGGCUCUCGGAGAGCUACGCAAGGACAUAUUCGCAAGGAAAGCGGUCUGGGAUUUCGAUCAAGCCCUCGUCUUGCCUUUUAAGAGCACUAUUAGAAAAGGCAUGUGA